GAACUAUUUUAAUGGAUUUGUUGGAAUACGCUCAAAAAUUAGUAAGCAAAGGCAAUAGUAAUCAACAACAAAACGCUCAAUAUCUGCAAACUCUUAUUAAGCAUGAGAAUUCACCCGUUAAGCCCGAUAAUAAGCAACCGAGCAAUAAUACUCCGCUUUUAGUUGGCGGUUUAGUUGCUUUUGGCAUGGCAACCUUAGCAAUUGUUGAAAACAGUUCGGUAGGUGAAGUGGUUAUUGGAAAAUAG